AAUUUUUACUGAGCUGUCAAACUUUAAAUGUGAAACUAUUUAUUUCGAAAAACACUUUGCGCACCGUCACCGAGCCUCCGUCUCCCACCGUCGAAGAACCUAGACCUAAACUUCUGACUCCGCCACCUGCGAAGCCACCGUCGCCCCGCCGGCGUAACUGGAGGUCCCAUUGCCGAAGUCCAAAUCCUCUAGCGUAAAAUUUGAUGGCUAUCAAUCCUUCUCUUCAAUUUGGAUAUCAAGGAAACACAGAGUCAAACCCUUGCGGUUUGGAGUCAGCAGCACCAGCUACGCUUUUAAUCAAACACCUUCCAGACGCUAUUCCUCAUGACACUCUUUCUCGACUCUUAUCCCAUUACGGCGCUUCCUCUGUUCGUCCUUGCUCUACUGGAAGGUUGAGAAAUUGUGCUUUUGUGGAUUUCAAAAAUGAUAUGCUAGCAUCUCAAGCACAGCGUCAACUAAACGGGUUAAAAUUUCUUGGUAAAGUGUUGUCAGCAGAGAGAGCUAGUAAGCCAAAUGAGAAUGCGGGAAAAAGCAGUGGAACUCAGCUUCGAAAAGACUCUAAAACAUCAGCACUGAAGAGUGAAAAUGUAACCAAACCUAUUGACGGAGAUACAAAAUCAGGAGGCCUACCUAUCCCCGAGCCAAUUGCCCAUAGACUUGGUGUUGAUUACCCAUUUCCUCCUCAUCUUGAGUAUGCUUAUCCUCCACCAGAUGGAAAUAUACUGACCAACAUCGUGAAUGCUCUAAUUGCUGUUCCUCGCUUUUAUACUCAGGUUCUACACUUGAUGAAUAAAAUGAACAUUCCGGCUCCAUUUCGCAUGGCAUUACCUACGCCACCAUUACCUCCAGAGGUGCCAGCCCCACCUCUACCUGUGCCUCCUCCUCAUUCUGUAACCACAAAACCUCAGUCUGCAGCUAUGUCUAGUGAUGAAUCAGAAAUGGAAUCCUCAGAUGAGGAUGGUGGAGCAAGAACUCAAAAUUCUGGACGGAAGCGUGCCAGGCGUGGGGCCAUUGUUGGCCCUGCUAUUGAUAAAGAUGUGGCUCAUGAGGCUGUUGGAGUAAAACCGGCCACCUUGAUCCCAAAAAAAAUCCCGAUGAUUAAAAAGAACCCCGUCUUAAAGAUAAAAAUUGCUCCCAAAGCAACCCUGGAUGAACAUAAGGAGACUGGCACUGGACAAGAGUUACCAGAGCCAGAAAAAGAUACUUUAGAUCCCAACAAAUUUUUGACUCCUGAUGAAUUAGAGAAAGGAAAAUUGCCUCCUGAGGAAAUCUUAUCUCUUCCAAUGUUUAAGAACUAUUUACCGGGAAAUCCUGCUUCUGUGUUGUAUAUUAAGAAUUUGGCGAAAGAUGUGAUUGCUGAUGAUUUCUAUCUUUUAUUUGGGUCCUUCUUUGGAAGUACUGAGGCUGCAAAGUCUGAUCUUCAAGUCAAACUGAUGCAGGAAGGAAGGAUGAAGGGUCAAGCUUUUUUAACAUUCCCCUCCAUAGAACUAGCUCAUCGUGCUCUGAAUGUAGUGAAUGGAUAUGUAUUCAAAGGCAAGCCAAUGAUCAUUCAAUUUGGCCGGAAGGGAACUUAAUAUAUGGGAAUAGAAGGGAUGUUUUCCACAUUGUGUUUAAAAAUCAUGUGAUUCUCCGUUGCUCAUUUCUUGAUGACAUGCACAACUACAGAUUGCUAAUUAAUGCUGCAUUCCCCCCAUUGAAUGACUGAAAGAGGACUCUGCGAUAUACCUAGACCGCAGACACCAAUAUUCAUAUGCAUUCUUCUUGGGUGUUUAUUGAGAUGUUCAGGUGAAAAACUAGAUUGCAUAGGAGUCUAAGAUUCAGAACCAGAUUGUUAGCAAGAGGAGUUGGAAACCAAGCUAAUCUAAGCAGACCAAGGAAGUAUUGCUAUUGCUAUUGCUAUUGCAGUGCAGUACCGAAAAAAGUUGUAUUUUAAAAUUAUCUUUAUCAUACAAACAUGAUCCUCUUGGUUAAAUUAAUUGUACAGAAAAAAUAUGGUGGCACUGGCACUUAGUUCAUUUUCUGCUGUAGUACUAAACAUUAUAGGGUACUUGUCUGUCUGUCCAUUGGACCUAUGUUAUUUAUAUUUCCCUUUUCUGGUAGGUAUUUGGUUGAUUGUAAUUUUUUGUUUUCAUUUUAUGAAGGAAUAUUCAGUUGUAUUUUUAUUUGUAAAAGGCCUCUUUCAUUUCCUGA